GGAAGAUGCAGGAGGACUCAGGUGUGCUCUCUGCUAAUGUUGUUUCUCAUAAUAUGCUGAAAUAAUGGAUUUAUGAGCUCCGCUGGACUCCGCUUGGAGGCCUGAGUGUGCAGAGUCAUGAAACUUAGUCCCUGUCAAGCCCCGUUAUAUGGCAAGUGUGUUCUGACAGUUGAUCUGUGUGAUGAGACGCUCUGUGAAGGAGAACAGGACGAGGUGUUGUUCUUCCUGUUGUUCAGCGGCUCCGUUCAGACACAUAUAACCAGCACACUGAAGGUCAACCAUGCCACCCUUCAGGCUGUGUGUCCAGCUCAUAACUGCUGUGAAUCAGUGCUGGUCACCCUGUUCUCCACUGGGCCGGACGGUUUGGUUCAUUCUCUGGCCACCGAGCCCUUGGUCUUCGUGCAGGACUUGGCCUUCGACAUGGCCCAGUUCUUGGUGAGCGCGGUGGGGCAGACGGGCAUCCUGGAAGAGGCUCUACUACUGGACGAGCAUCAGAUCCCCCUGCAGGAGUGUGAAAAGCUGGACCUGAGUCUUUCCCUGGCCCUCAAACACCUCACGCUGCCCCCUGGAUGGAGCCUGAUUGGAAAUAACACACGAAUGGAUCCUCAAGAGACGCUCCUUCAUUUUGCCGCUCGCCGUGGGCUUUCAAAAGUGGCCAGAUUUCUCCUCAAGCAGCCCGGAGCCCGAGAGGCCCUUAGCCUGUGUAACAGACAGGGGGACACACCGGUGCUGAUCGCCCAGAGUCGAGGACAUACAGCACUGCUGGAGCUCUUCAACAUGUGAGGAACACUCCUACAUCUAAACUCACAAUGCACACAUCAGUGCUUCCCAUUGCUUGUUCAGAUUUCUUUUGUUGUUGUAGCUGUUCAGAAAAAGUAAAAAAAA